UCGGGCGCGUGCAGUUUGCAACGUACUUUAGAAACCAGUUUUUGCAUUUUCGUGUGACUCAUCAGAUUUCACAGGCUCAAGGAAACAAUUUCACAAUGGCCGCCACCAACAAUAGCGAAUCUGCCGAUCAGGUCGGCAUACGAGUGGAAAAUUCGGAAAAUGCCAACGACAACACAGACGCCUUGGGUUCCGUUGGCGGAAUAGGUAGUCGUUCAUCGUCUGCGCCCUCACACUACAACCCCUAUGGAAGCGGAUCCAUAGGAUAACUGGCCAAUGGCUACAGUUCACCCUCGUCCAGUUAUCGCAAAAAUGAGGCCGAAAUUGUUACGGAGCGCCAUGCAGCCGAGUACAACAUGCGCCACAAGGAUCGCGGCAUGGCAUUGAUCUUCAAUCAUGAGCACUUCGAUGUUCCCACCUUGAAAUCUCGGACAGGAACCAAUGUAGACUGCGAGAACCUUACCCGAGUACUGAAGCAGCUGGACUUCGCAGUGACAGUAUACAAGGACUGUAGGUUCAACGACAUCAGGAAAGCGAUCGAAGCCGCUGCUUCUCAAAAUCACUCCAACAGCGAUUGCAUCCUGGUGGCUAUUCUUUCUCAUGGAGAGAUGGGCUACAUUUAUGCCAAGGAAGUACAGUACAAACUGGAGAGUAUCUGGAGCUUCUUUACUGCCAAUCACUGCCCAUCGUUGGCCGGAAAGCCAAAGUUAUUCUUCAUCCAGGCCUGUCAGUGAGAUCGGUUAGAUGGAGGCAUGACGAUGCAGCGGUCGCUUACCGAAACCGAUGGGGAUUCUUCAAUGAGCUACAAGAUACCCGUGCACGCAGACUUUUUGAUUGCCUAUUCCACUGUUCCUGGAUUCUAUUCAUGGCGGAAUACCAAUCGAGGCAGCUGGUUCAUGCAGAGUCUGUGCGCAGAGCUGGCUGCGAACGGCAAGCGCCUGGACAUCCUAAAGUUUCUAACGUUCGUAUGCCAACGUGUGGCCGUCGACUUUGAGUCUUGCACUCCGGACACGCCCGAGAUGCACCAGCAGAAGCAAAUUCCCUGUAUUACCACCAUGCUGACUCGUAUUCUGCGCUUUAGCGACAAGCAAAUGGUGCCAGCCGAACGGGUCUGAUGGCUGCUGGUUUGGUUCAUGAGCUGGUUGAGGCGA